AUGAAAGGAAGGAACGAGUGCAAGACGAAUUGUCCUGCUACACAAACUGAGAGCAAGACGUGGGAUGAUGUACCUGGAAUGCGAUGCCGUCAAGGAGAUUCAGUCGAGAACUCGAAGGAGAAGAGAGUUGUGUACUCUCUCAUGUUCUGUGAGAAGGGCUCAUGA